AUGUCCCACGGGACCUACUACGAGUGUGAGCCCCGGGCUGGCCAGCAGCCACUCGAGUUCUCGGGGGCCCGCGCGGGGCCUGGGGAGCUGGGGGACAUGUGCGAGCACGAGGCUUCCAUAGACCUCUCCGCCUACAUCGAGUCCGGGGAGGAGCAGCUUCUCUCCGACCUCUUCGCUGUGAAGCCGUCACCGGAGGCCCGAGGCCUCAAAGGCUCGGGAGCCUCUGCCUUCCCCCACUACCUGCCGCCUGACCCUCGGCCCUUCGCCUACCCCACACACACCUUCGGCCCCGACAGGAAGGCGCUGGGACCCGGCAUCUACAGCAGCCCGGGGAGCUACGACCCCAGGGCCGUGGCUGUGAAGGAGGAGCCGCGGGGCCCCGAGGGCGGCCGCGGGGCCGGCCGCAGCGGCUACAACCCUCUGCAGUACCAGGUGGCGCACUGCGGGCAGACGGCCAUGCACCUGCCCCCGGCCCUGGCAGCGCCCAGCCAGCCCCUGCGUGUCCUCAAGGCCCCUAUGGCUGCUGCCGCGCCCCCCUGCAGUCCCCUUCUGAAGGCUCCCUCCCCGGCUGGCUCCUCACACAAGGGCAAGAAGGCAGUCAACAAGGACAGCCUGGAGUAUCGGCUGCGGCGGGAGCGGAACAACAUCGCGGUGCGCAAGAGCCGGGACAAGGCCAAGAGGCGCAUCCUGGAGACGCAGCAGAAGGUGCUGGAGUACAUGGCGGAGAACGAUCGCCUCCGCAGCCGCGUGGAGCAGCUCACCCAGGAGCUGGACACCCUUCGGAACCUCUUCCGCCAGAUCCCCGAGGCCGCCAACCUCAUCAAGGGCGUGGGGGGCUGCAGCUGA